AUGGCGUAUGAGAGUAGGCCAUGGGCAGCAAGUCAUUUCGAUCGUAUAAGCAGCAGAGUGUUUACGGCAACAGCAGUAAUGGCAGCACUUUUUUGCCCAAUUUUUACGAUCAAGAAUGCAAGCAUAAAUCUCUGUGAUGUAAUCAAAUGGUACUGGUUUUUCUUUGGAAGUUUAGAUGGCUACAGAGGCGAAUUAGUAAACAGGAUGCAUUUUCAUAGUCUGCUCACGAAGAUGAAGACCGUGUACCAAAAUAGCACUGACGCUCCACUAUCUAACCAUUACCCAUUAUACCACCAUUCGACAAAGAAUGCCCUAUGUCUUCUUGCUGUUAUUUCCUUUUUUAUCAGUUUUAUUGCCUUUAGUGGACCGUGUUAUAUCCAAGAUACAACUAUACGUCUUAGACUACAGAACGACUUCAGUACCUGCUUGACAAUCUGA